AUGCCGUAUGCCGUCAUCAGCCACCACCACACAGCACCACCACCACCACCACCGCCACCACCAUCAUUGCCACCAUUACCAUCGGGUUAUUGGAUUAAAUCCAUUAUUGCUGAAGUUACGACCAUUGCUAAUUUAACAUCACAAUCAACACCGCCAUCAUCAUCAUCAUAUCGAUAUAAUCAUCCAAUACAUCAUUGGUCAUAUGAUCCAUCUAUUGAUGUACCAUUUUUAUUGAAUCUAAAAAUUCAGAUUCGACGAAGAUCAAAAAAGAAUACUAAUCACGGAAACGAUAAAAGCACAACAACUGUGCCGGCUAUUUAUGAACUUAAACAUAGCUGAGAUUGGUUCAAGGAAGAAUUGCUUAACCAGAAAAUAUUUAAAAAAAAGAAGUUUAUUAUCAUUUCAAUGUUAUUCUUAUUGUGUGGUUUUUUUUCUA